GGAGGUGGCACCGGUUGUCCGGGUCUACUGUGCCCGGUGGUCUCUCCGCCUCGGUCCCUUCGCUGUCACAGUGCCCCUGAGCCCCGACCGCACGCCUCAGUUUGGGGAGCCGGAAUGGGAGGGUGCCACGGUCGGAGGCGGGCGGACUGCAGCGAUGCCCGGAGCUGCUGCAGAGCCCCGAACACCACUAUGUUGGUUUUGUUUGUGUCCUCUCCCCUGCCCUUCCACAGGAGACUCAUCUGAAUCGUUGAUGCCUGUCCCAGGUGAUGGAUGGCUUGUUUCCACUGAACACCAGGAAGGGACAGCGAGGAUCAGGUUCAUUCAAAUCCACUGGGCCACUGUGACUUCUCACGUCUUCCCAGCUUAAUGCAGAGAGCAAAGCUGUCUGGAUCCAGAGGGCAGAGCUGUUCCAGCACCGGAGCCUGCUCUCCUGUAGAAACUGCCAGCAGCAAUGCCUCAGCAGGAUGGGCUCUCCUCCUGGCUGCACUUGCCAAGCAUCUUCCCAGCCUACAGAAGUCAUGAUUGCUUAUCUUCAGUCACAGAUGGGAAAUGAAGCAGCCUGCUGCAUUGCAAGGCCGGGGAUCAUGGGGAAUGGCAAGCUUAUAAGAGCUGUGGUUCCUAAUGUGGAUGAGGACUCUUUGCUGAGCCCUGCUGUCUUCUACCCGGUCAGCCAGGCUUGUGUUUUGAAAGCAUGCCAUAAAAUCAUGGGCCAAAGGAUAAGAAAACACAGCUAGCACAACCUGGUACUGCUAAAUGGUGUUGUUUGGAUUGUAGCAUAGAGGCACUAUGUACUCAGAGUGGAGAUCCUUGCAUCUUGUCAUUCAAAAUGAUCAGGGGAAUACCAGUGUACUUCACAGCUAUCCUGAAAACGUGGGGAGAGAAGUGGCAAACGCAGUGGUGCGUCCUCUUGGGCAAGCUUUAAUUACAUCAUCUGUUGGAAGUGAGAGUUUACUAAAAACAGACAAAGAAGUAAAAUGGACUAUGGAGGUGGUUUGUUAUGGACUGACCCUCCCUCUGGAUGGCGAUACUGUGAAAUACUGUGUCGAUGUAUAUACAGAUUGGAUUAUGGCUCUCGUAUUACCUAAGGACUCCAUUCCUUUACCAGUUAUUAAGGAACCAAACCUUUAUGUUCAAAGCAUUCUCAAACAUCUCCAAAAUCUCUUUGUACCGAGGCCAGACCCAGGAUCUAGUCAGAUCAGGUUGUGCUUGCAGGUUUUGAAAGCUGUCCAGAAACUGGCUCAUGAAUCAACAAUUAUGGCAAGAGAAACCUGGGAGGUUUUGUUAUUAUUUCUUCUUCAGAUCAAUGACACUCUUCUAGCAGCUCCGACUGUGCAAGGUGGCAUUGCUGAGAAUCUGGCUGAAAAACUAAUUGGUGUGCUGUUUGAGGUGUGGUUACUGGCUUGUACACGGUGCUUUCCAACACCACCUUACUGGAAAACUGCCAAAGAGAUGGUGGCCAACUGGCGACAUCACCCUGCAGUAGUGGAGCAGUGGAGCAAGGUCAUCUGUGCCCUUACUUCCAGAUUGCUGCGUUUUACAUAUGGACCUUCCUUUCCUCCAUUUAAAAUUCCUGAUGAAGAUGCUGGUCUGAUUCCUCCUGAAAUGGAUAAUGAGUGCGUUGCACAAACUUGGUUUCGCUUUUUACAUAUGCUGAGUAAUCCUGUGGAUUUGAGUAACCCAGCCAUUAUUAGCUCUACCCCCAAAUUUCAGGAGCAGUUUCUGAAUGUGAGUGGGAUGACUCAAGAACUGAAUCAGUACCCCUGCCUUAAACAUCUGCCUCAAAUAUUCUUCCGUGCCAUGCGUGGGAUCAGCUGUUUAGUGGAUGCCUUCCUAGGCAUUUCACGACCCCGGUCUGAUAGUGCACCACCCACGCCAGUAAAUAGGCUGAGCAUGCCCCAGAACACUGCUAUCAACACCACUCCACCCCACAACCGAAGGCAUCGGGCAGUGACUGUGAAUAAAGCAACGAUGAAAACCAGCACUGUAACUACUGCACAUACUUCAAAAGUGCAGCACCAACCCUCCUCUACUUCUCCACUGUCUAGCCCAAACCAGACAAGUUCUGAGCCACGGCCACUACCAGCUCCUCGCAGGCCAAAGGUUAACAGCAUCUUGAACCUCUUUGGAUCGUGGUUAUUCGAUGCAGCAUUUGUUCACUGUAAACUUCAUAAUGGAAUAAACAGAGACAGCAGCAUGACUGCUAUAGCAACUCAAGCUAGCGUGGAGUUCCGCCGGAAAGGAUCUCAAAUGUCCACAGACACAAUGGCUUCCAACCCCAUGUUUGAUGCGAGUGAAUUCCCAGACAACUAUGAAGCAGGAAGGGCAGAGGCAUGCGGGACACUGUGUAGGAUAUUUUGUAGCAAGAAGACUGGGGAGGAAAUAUUACCAGCUUACCUAUCCCGAUUUUACAUGCUUUUAAUUCAGGGUUUGCAGAUAGCAGAUUUCGUUUGCCACCCCGUUCUUGCCAGUGUUAUUCUAAACUCCCCUCCUUUGUUCUGCUGUGACCUGAAAGGGAUCGAUGUCGUGGUUCCCUAUUUCAUUUCGGCUCUUGAAACGAUUUUACCUGACAGAGAACUCUCAAAGUUUAAAAUCUAUGUAAACCCCACAGAGCUAAGAAGAGCUUCGAUUAACAUCUUGCUGUCUCUCUUGCCUCUCCCUCAUCAUUUUGGAACCAUAAAGUCUGAGGUUGUCCUGGAAGGGAAAUUCAGCAAUGAUGACAGCUCGGCAUACGAUAAGCCAGUAACCUUCCUUUCCUUGAAGCUGAGGCUUGUGAAUAUUCUUAUAGGAGCUUUGCAAACGGAAACAGAUCCCAACAACACUCAAAUGAUCCUAGGUGCAAUGUUAAAUAUUGUUCAAGAUUCAGCACUGUUAGAAGCCAUUGGCUGUCAGAUGGAAACGAAUGGUGGUGAAAAUAACCUCUUCAAAAGCCACAGUCGAACUAACAGUGGCAUUAGCACUGCAAGUGGAGGCAGUACGGAGCCCACCACACCAGAUAGCGAGAGACCAGCACAGGCCCUUCUAAGAGAUUAUGCUCUUAAUACAGAUACUGCUGCUGGACUACUGAUACGCAGUAUUCACCUGGUAACUCAAAGACUCAACUCACAGUGGAGGCAGGACAUGAGUAUCUCACUGGCUGCGCUGGAGCUUCUGUCUGGGCUGGCAAAGGUGAAAGUGGCAGUGGAUUCCUCUGAUCGGAAGAGAGCCAUCAGUUCAGUGUGCAGCUACAUCGUGUACCAGUGCAGCCGCCCGGCCCCGCUCCACUCCCGCGACCUUCACUCCAUGAUAGUCGCGGCUUUCCAGUGCCUCUGCGUCUGGCUCACUGAGCACCCGGACAUGCUGGAUGAGAAGGAUUGUUUAAAAGAGGUACUGGAGAUUGUGGAGCUGGGCAUUUCAGGAAGUAAAUCCAAAAACAGUGAACAAGAAGUCAAGUACAAAGGAGAUAAGGAGCCAAACCCCGCAUCCAUGAGAGUGAAGGAUGCUGCUGAAGCUACACUAACGUGUAUUAUGCAGUUACUUGGAGCAUUUCCUUCUCCCAGUGGCCCUGCUUCUCCUUGCAGCUUGGUGAAUGAAACCACAUUAAUUAAAUACUCUCGUCUACCCACCAUAAACAAGCAUAGCUUCCGAUACUUCGUUCUGGAUAACAGUGUCAUCCUGGCGAUGUUGGAGCAGCCUUUAGGGAAUGAACAGAAUGACUCUUUCCCCUCUGUCACGGUUUUGAUCCGUGGGACAUCCGGAAGAUUUGCAUGGGCCCAGCAACUCUGUCUCUUACCAAGAGGAGCUAAAGCAAAUCAAAAGACUUUUGUACCAGAACCUCGACCAGCUCCUAAAAAUGAUGUUGGGUUGAAGUACAGUGUGAAGCACCGUCCUUUUCCUGAAGAAGUGGAUAAGAUCCCAUUUGUGAAAGCUGACUUGAGCAUUCCUGAUUUACAUGAAAUUGUGAAUGAGGAACUCGAAGAGCGACACGAGAAGCUGAGGAAUGGCAUGGCCCAGCAGAUCAUUUUUGAGACUUCCAUAGAUCAGAAGAGUGAAGAGGAGUGGCGGAAGAAGAGCUUUCCCGAUCCGAUCACGGAGUGUAAGCCCCCCCCGCCGGCACAGGAGUUCCAGACAGCGCGCCUCUUCCUCUCUCACUUCGGGUUUCUCUCGCUAGAGGCAUUGAAGGAACCUGCUAACAGUCGUCUACCUCCUCACCUGAUUGCACUUGACUCAGCUCUUCCUGGGUUUUUUGAUGACCUUGGCUACUUGGAUUUACUACCAUGUCGUCCCUUUGAUACCGUUUUCAUUUUCUACAUGAAGGCAGGCCAGAAAACAAGCCAGGAGAUCCUGAAGAACAUGGAGUCUUCCAGAAUUGUUCAGCCACACUUCCUGGAGUUCUUGCUGUCUCUUGGCUGGUCUGUUGAUGUGGGGAAGCACCCUGGAUGGACUGGCCAUGUCUCAACAAGCUGGUCAAUCAAUAGCUGCAGUGAUGAAGAGGGAUCUGAACAAGAUGAUCUAAUUAUUUCAGAAGAUGUUGGGGCAAGUAUCUUCAACGGGCAGAAGAAGGUGCUGUAUUAUGCGGAUGCCCUGACAGAAAUAGCUUUUGUUGUCCCAUCCCCAGUGGAGUCCCUAACUGAUUCACUGGAAAGCAGUGUUUCUGACCAAGAAAGUGACUCCAACAUGGAUCUACUGCCAGGAAUAUUGAAGCAGCAGUCUUUGACACUUGAACUCUUCCCCAAUCAUACAGACAAUCUUAAUCCCUCCCAGCGGCUCAGUCCUACUUCCAGAUCCAAGAGGGUGCCUCAGGGCCGGACCAUUCCACCAAUGGGACCUGAAACCAAAGUGUAUGUGGUCUGGGUGGAACGUUACGAUGAUAUAGAAAACUUCCCCCUCCCUGAUCUGGUGUCUGAGACGAGCACUGGUGUGGAAACUACAGCCAAUAGUAGCACUUCCCUAAGGUCUACCAUUCCUGAGAAGGAAGUUCCUGUGAUCUUCAUCCAUCCUUUAAACACUGGCUUAUUCAGGAUAAAACUACAAGGAGCAACUGGGAAAUUCAAUAUGGUUAUCCCAUUGGUGGAUGGAAUGAUAGUCAGUAGGAGAGCUCUUGGUUUUUUAGUGAGGCAAACAGUAAUAAACAUUUGUCGGAGGAAGAGGCUGGAAAGUGACUCCUACAACCCCCCCCAUGUCCGCCGAAAACAGAAAAUAGCAGACAUUGUCAAUAAAUACCGCAACAGGCAGCUGGAGCCAGAGUUUUAUACCUCGCUUUUCCAGGAGGUUGGGCUCAAGAACUGCAACCCCUAGGUCGUUAUCCUUCCAGGACAAUUAGAUCAGAGCUUGGUGGCUACAGUAAUGAAAACAGUUAAAUAACAACAACAAAUUUCCUCAGCCCUCCGGAAUUCAGGAAAUGAUAUUCUUGCACAAGUCAGCAGAUACCAUGUGGGAGGAAUGAGAAAUGAAUCCAAAACAUUGCAGUUGGGAUAUUGACUUAAUUCACCUACCCUCAGAAGAUUACUUAAUUCCAGUCUUCCUGGAUGCUAGCAGCAUAAUCUCCUCACCCAGUCAUCUAUUCCAGACUAAUUAGGAACUGUGUCUCAUUCUGUGAGAGGAAAACAAUCAGAACAAAGCCAUCUCUGCAUAUAAGGAUAGAAAACAAAAUACAAACAAACCUGCCUUCAGACAUCUCGCUACACCCACAUCUUACAGGAGAAGGGAGCAGGAUCUUUCCUUUGAGGAGAGAGGCUGUUUCAGAGCAUUGUAUCUUCCUGCAAGAACUUAAAAGACAUUUUCUGCCCCCUUGCAGAGCUCAACGCAAGCUCCUUCACUGCUUGUAACCACUUUGUGUACCAAAAGCAAGAGGAGGUCAUGGAUAAAUAGCCAAGAUGCUGCAUUUUGCAGUUCCCUCCAUGGCUGGGAGUGAGUCCACACAAGAUUUCUGUCAUGCUGACAACAAACACCACCUGGUAUUACCUGACUUUCCAACCUAAGUUGUUACUAGAUAAGAGCUCUUGGUUACAGAAACAAGGUUUUUAUGACUUUCAGGUCUGUUGCAAAAUGUCACAUUUAAUUUUAGUAGCUUGAUUAUUUUUUUAAUUUUUUUUUUUAUGCCACUACUUAAUUUAUUUCAAAGUGUCUGUAUCACCUACUCACCAUGUCCAUAAAAAGCAUAAACAUCCCUUGCUUUCCUUCCAUUGGAUUGAAAUCUGAGAUUCUGGGGCUGCCUCCUGCCUGAUGUAUUUAUAGCAUGAGCAGUUUUCGCAGCUUCUACAACACUUUUCAGAAGCUCCUGUUAAACAGACUAAAACAAGUCAAAAAAAAUUUCAAGAAUUCUUCUUUUUCCCCCUUAAUUUUGCAAUUCCAUGAAAGCCCCUUUGGAGUUAGAUUGUGAAAUUGUUUAGGAUCUACUGUGCUUUCUCAUGCGCUGCAGCAGUGGUUCCCUUUCACCUAGGGCAGAAGUUUUCACUGUCGGACCGUGGAUUGCAUGAGCUCAGGACUUGAAGGAUGGGCUGGGAAAAGGUGUUUACAACUGCAGGAUCCAAUAUUGGGAAUCUAAAAGCUGCAGUGGGCGCCGGCAGCCUCGGGAGCGCUUCCAGGCUCCCGGCACAAUCCUGACUUGUGUUGCAGUGAUGAAUCAUCGCUGGCGCGCCGGGUAGAUGCAGGUUGUGAUCGCUGGCAGCAGCACGUGCCCUUUCCCUUCCAGUAAGCAGGUAAUGUAAGAGUAGGAACGUGAGCAGGAACUUGGGGAGCUCCUCACAUCAGAAGUGGUUUUAUUAGCUUUUUAGUGGGUGUUGCAGUAAUACCUGUCAGUCAGUUUUUAUAUUUCAGAGUUAUUUUGCAACAGCUCAGACCUGAAAUAGUCUUAAUGGUUUUGUUACAACUUACCUGCCAGGGACAUCCUCUGCUCCUGUCUCUUCAUGUGGUUUUUCAUAGAGAGUUAAUGGGAACACAGACCCUUAAAAAUACAUGUGAAAGGACUUUCAGGAUGCCAACCAAGGGGGGUUAGGUUUGAGUGAUGUGGUGGUGUUGCAGGGGACAAGCCCACUAACCUCUCAACUCAGGAGUUCUGGAUUUUGAUCCAGAUAAAUCACAAGUGGAAAGAGGAAACCACAUAAAGAAACCUACAGCAGCAGUAAGCGUGAGGGGUGGCCCACGCUUGCAUGAUGCCCAGGUUGCAAGUGGCAGGAGGGGCUGCAAGGCAGCACUUGGGUGUAUUGGCAAAGCUGUGAAGGGAAACUGACAGCUUCAUUCCUCUGCCAGACUCUUGCCAGUGUCAGUUUAAUGCACGGACACUAAAUUCACCCACAUUUUCUAUGUACCUAUUGGAUCUAAUUAAUGGCCAAACACACUUCAGUCCACUGAUUUAAAAGGCAUGACCAGUGCAUGUGUAACAAAUAAACAUACUGAGCAAUCAAACGCCUGCACAUCUUCAGUAACGUAACACAAAUCCCACAUACCAUAGCUAAGUGUAUGUUAUAUGCAAAGUCAUUGGUUUAUAUAGCAAUGAGCCACAAAAGAUACUUCUUUCAGGCACUUGGAUGCAGUCAGUGAUGUAAAGACGUGUGCGUCUGGGGAUUCCCUGGCUGUUUUCCACAAAGUCUGAGAUAGCCACAGGGGCUGCCUGGAAAUUCACCUUUAUAAAGGCUGAAGAAUAGUCUUGGGUCUGUUCCAGUGUUCGUUUAAAACAUGGAUGUGGCACCACUUCUGCUGUAACAACCCUGAGAGCAGUGUUGAAGGAAGGUGACUUCUGCUCAUGUGGUCCCUCCAUGGGGGAGCAGGCGCUUGGAAUCAUGGCUUGGAUUUGUAAACCAGCUGGUGAACAUGUUACAUGCUGGUGUGUGACCUGGCCCUGAGCCUUGGGAUUUGCUAUCUUGAGCCCUCAAGAAAGUUGCAGUGCAGUAUAAGAAUGUUGUGAUUACAGAUGUGUUGCCAUCCCACUUGGUUUGGAUGCCGGUCACAGCAGGAGCGCCCUUGGCAGACCUGUGCUGGUGGAAGGUGUCUGCAAGGAGUGUCCCUCCUUCCCCUGUGGGCAGAGAGAUCUCUGACUCUGUAACAAACACCCAUUUGGGAAUGAAAUCCUUGUCCUGUUGAAGCCUGUGGCCAAACUCUGAUGGUGUCAGGUAGUCCAGGGUACAGCCUUGGCUAUUUUCCUCAAAAGGGUUAGACCAAAUGAGAUGUGUUUCAGUUGUGAUUGCAGAACAUGCUAGUCAGGAAUCCAGAUUUUGGGGUUUUUUAUCCCAAACUGCUGUAUUGAGUUUUCACCUUGACAGUUCAUGUGGCUUGGGCUUGUGUUCCUCUUCAGUGGAGGUGAUGGGUGUUGACCACUUGCUUCAUGCAUAGCAUGGACUCUGCAGGUAACAUCGUGCUGCAAAAGCUGAGUUCAAACAUUGCAUAAGAACUACACCGAGACCUUCUCUUUGCAUAAGGGCUUCCUGGUUGGGUUCAUAAUUCUGCUUUAACUGGCAGCAUCCCUUUAACAGUGCAGGAAGGGGGGGGGACACACCAUUGUCACCUUAUAGUGUGGAAAUUACAGACAUUUUAGUACCUUAUUAGAGCCUUUCAUUUAAAGAAAAAUGCUUUUCUUUAAAGGUACUUCUAAACAAGGCAUUAAACCUGAGAGCAAAGGGGAGGUGGGAAGGAUGGUGCCAGUGUGGGGAGCAGCGUGUGCGCCGGGCUGUAGGGAGGAGCAGCCCCUCACUGCAUGUGCUGGGGGCUCUGUAGGUGACUCCAUUUCUUCCCUGUGAGGUUCUCCAUGCCCAGAAAGACACAAGAACUAAACUUCACUCUAACAGGCACAAAUCCGUUGCGAUUUAAUGGCUGUUUAAUGGAGGAGUGUCUUUGAAGGCAAACACAGACCUUUUCCACAUGGAUUUGAGCAGGAGCAAUUAGAAACGAGAACACCCAGUACCAUGUGCUUCAAACCAUGUACAAUUCGUAUGAAUUUCUGUAUGUUGCCAAGACAUGAUCUUUUUGUUCUUCUUGUAUUUUUCUGUAAAUAUUCCUGGCGCUAAGUUGUAAAGUAAAGGCAAACUGUAAAUAUGAAGAUGUGAACUAUGUUCCCUUGUCUCUAGUACUUUAUCUCUUAUUUGUUUAGGGAAGGCACACAAAGGCUUGUUUGUAUUUAUGCCAAUUCUUUGUCCAGGAGAAACACAUCAAAUACUGAAUGUAACACAAUUAGUCCAAUAAAUUUUAAAGAUUCUUAUCUAGUAA